AAAGUGUGUUUGCGAUCGUAGCUAUUUUGUUUUAGCUUUCUUUUAGUAUCAAAAUCCAAAUGAAAUCUGUACAAGCCCUUUCACUACUCACCCUGCUGGCCUUAGCAGUGACGGGUGACAACGAUCUCGAUACAAAGUGCGGGAAAAAUGAGGUGUGGGACGAUUGCGCAAGUUCUUGUCCGGAUAUAUGUUUCGAGCCACCGGCCGAACUUUGCGAUAAAAAGUGCAAUAUUGGUUGUUUCUGUGAGAAAGGAUACGUUCGCGAAUAUUUGGAUGGCGGUAAAUGCGUUCGCCCUGACACCUGUGAGUCUAGGUUAACUGGAAGAACCACUUUACACGAUCAAAUCCAAAUGAAAUCUGUCUCAGCCGUCUUCCUACUUACCUUUUUGGCGGUAGCAGUGAUGGCGGACGAUGCCGAUCAAAAGUGCGGUACCAAUCAGGUCUGGCAGGAAUGCGGACCCGGAUGUCCGCGAUACUGUUUUGAACUAGACGAUCAAGCGUGUAAUUCUGCUUGCAAGGCUGGUUGUUUCUGUAAUGAAGGAUACGUUCGUGUUGAUAAGGAUGGUGGGGACUGCGUUCGUACUGAGUUGUGUGCAUUUAGUUGCAGGGACGAUCCUCCCGUCUCUUAACUUAAAGCGACAGUGCAGACAUUACUUUGUGAUCAACAUUGUUCUACCUCCUAUUGUUAUUUAUGCUCCUGUA